GCAGCAUAUGAGAGAGAAGUCUUUCACUAGAGGUGUGGACAGGAUCUCACUUGCAAACAGCUGCAAUUUCAAUGUGUCCCAGAGUCGUUUCACAUGCGGGGAGGUUGGGCACGGUGUCUUACGGGGUCAGGACAUUUACACCUAAAGGCCAUUCAGGCCAGGAACUGUCCAACUGCAAUUUCGACGUGUGCGAUGACAUUUCAAAGGAGAAAAAAUUAUUACAGUAGAAAAGAAUGUCAGAGAGACAUUAGUUGCACCCACACCUUUAUUCAGGAAAAAGGUGUCCAUCUUGGAAGUGGGUGUUUUAUGUCCUCUGAAUGUGGAAAAUAUUUUACCAAAUUAUCUAGCUUUCAUUAUCAACAAAGAGGUCACACGAGAGAAAAGCCUUAUGAAUGCAGUGAGUGUGGGAAAGCUUACACCAGUAGCACUGGACUUCGUCGUCAUCAGAGAUUUCAUAUGGGAGAAAAGCCUUAUAAAUGCAGUGAAUGUGGGAAAUCUUUUACCCAGAGCACUAAGCUUCGUUAUCAUCAGACAGUUCAUACAGGAGAAAAGUCUUAUAAAUGCAGUCAAUGUGAAAAAUCCUUUAAAAGUAGCAGUGGUCUUCAAUAUCACCAGAGAGUUCACACUGGAGAGAAGCCUUAUGAAUGCAGUGAUUGUGGCAAAUCUUUUGCACGGAGCAGUGCACUUCGUGAUCAUCAGAGAGUUCAUACAGGAGAAAAGCCUUAUAAAUGCAGUGUAUGUGGAAAAUCUUUUGCACUGAGCAAUGCCCUUCAUUAUCAUCAGAGAGUUCACACUGGAGAAAAGCCUUAUACAUGCAGUGAAUGUGGGAAAUCUUUUACCACUAGUGUUGCCCUUCAUUGUCAUCAGAGAAUUCACACUGGAGAAAAGCCUUAUACAUGCAGUGAAUGUGGGAAAUCUUUUACCCAGAGCACUCACCUUCGUUUUCAUCAGAGAGUUCAUACAGGAGAAAAGCCUUAUAAAUGCACUGAAUGUGGAAAAUCUUUUCCCCAGAGCUCUGCUCUUUAUUAUCAUCAUAGACUUCACACAGGAGAAAAGCCUCAUAAAUGCAGUGAAUGUGGAAAAUCUUUUCCACGUAGCAGUGCGCUCCAAUAUCAUCAGCGUGUUCACAGUGGAGAAAAGCCUUUUAAAUGCAGUGAAUGUGGGAAAUCUUUUACCCAGAGCACUGCCCUUCAUUAUCAUCAGAGAGUUCAUACAGGAGAAAAGCCUUAUAAAUGCAGUGAAUGUGGGAAAGCUUUUACAAGGAGCAGUGGUCUUCAAUAUCAUCAGAGAGUUCACACUGGAGAAAAACAUGAUAGAAAAGAUUGUAAGGGAGACCUUAGUUGCACCCACACAUUUAUUCAGGAAAAAGAUGUCCAUCUUGGAAGUCAGUGUUUUCUGUCCUCUGAAUGUGGAAAAUAUUUUCCCAAAUUUUCUAGCUUUCAUUAUCAACAGAGAGGUCACACAGGAGAAAAGCCUUAUCAGUGCAGUGAAUGUGGAAAAUCUUUUAUGGCUAAUGCUGACGUUCAUCAACAUCAGAGAGUUCAUACGGUGGAAAAGCCUUAUAAAUGCAGUGAAUGUGGGAAAUCUUUUACCUCUAAGAAGAACCUUCAUCAACAUCAGAGAGUUCACACGGGAGAAAAGCCUUAUCAAUGCAGUGAAUGUGGGAAAUCUUUUACCUCUAAGAAGAACCUUCAUCAACAUCAGAGAGUUCACACGGGAGAAAAGCCUUAUCAAUGCAGUGAAUGUGGGAAAUCUUUUACCUCUAAGAAGAACCUUCAUCAACAUCAGAGAGUUCACACUGGAGAAAAGCCUUAUAAAUGCAGUGAAUGUGGAAAAUCUUUUGCACAGAGUAGUGCCCUUCGUUGUCAUCGGAGAGUUCACACGGGAGAAAAGCCUUAUCAAUGCAAUGAAUGUGGGAAGUCUUUUGCACACAGCAGUGCCCUUCGUUGUCAUUGGAGAGUUCACACGGGAGAAAAGCCUUAUCAAUGCAAUGAAUGCGGGAAAUCUUUUACCUCUAAGGAGAGCGUUCAUCAACACCAGAGAGUUCACACUGGAGAAAAACCUUAUACAUGCACUGAAUGUAGGAAAUCUUUUACCACUAAGACUGUCCUUCAUCGUCAUCAGAGAAUUCAUACUGGAGAAAAGCCUUAUCAAUGCAGUGAAUGUGGGAAAUCUUUUACCCAGAGCAUUACCCUUUAUCGUCAUCAGAGAGUUCAUACGGGAGAAAAGCCUUAUCAAUGCAGUGAAUGUGGGAAACCUUUUACCCAGAGCACUGCCCUUCAUCGUCAUCAGAGAGUUCAUACGGGAGAAAAGCCUUAUCAAUGCAGUGAAUGUGGGAAAUCUUAUAGCACUAAGAGCAACCUUUAUCGUCAUCAGAGAGUUCAUACGGGAGAACAGCCUUAUCAAUGCAGUGAAUGUGGGAAAUAUUUUACCAAUAGCUUUGCUCUUCAUUAUCAUCAGAGAAUUCACACUGGAGAAAAGCCUUAUAAAUGUAGUGAAUGUGGGAAAUCUUUUAUUCAGAGCACUCACCUUCGUUUUCAUCAGAGAGUUCAUACAGGAGAAAAGCCUUAUAAAUGCACUGAAUGUGGGAAAUCUUUUACCCAGAGCUCUGCUCUUUGUUAUCAUCAGAGACUUCAUACUGGAGAAAAGCCUUAUCAAUGCAGUGAAUGUGGGAAAUCUUUUAUCCAGAGCUCUGCCCUUUGUUAUCAUCGGAGACUUCAUACAGGAGAAAAGCCUUAUCAAUGCUGUGAAUGUGGAAAAUCUUAUAGAGGCCGAAAUGGUCUCCAGUAUCAUCAGAGAGUUCACAAUGGGGAAAGCCAUUCUGAGUGCAAUUAAUAUGAGGUAUCUCUCAGCCAAAUUCUAAAUUCAUUCUCUGCAUAAGAUUGCAAAUGUGAGAAAUUUCUUAGAUGUGUAGGAAAUGUAUUUUCUUAGUUAGGAAUUAACAAUAGUACAAGAAAAUUUGUGCAUUCUCAUUUUUCUGAAUUGUAUCUUAUACAUUUAAUCGCCUAUAUUCUGUAAAGUUCCCAUAAGUGUUUUUGCUGUUGUGUUUCUGUGUUUUUAUGGUAGAGCACUAUGUCAUUAUGUUGCACGUUCUAACAUACAGAGAUGUCCUACCAGAUCUACUUCACUGCAUAUUUCUGUUGCUGAAGGUAUUUAACCUGAACCACCUAUAAGGUCUCUACAGAUGGUAGCAAUCACCGUCACAGGUGCCCAGGAAACCUAAGUCUGUUGUCUAAUUUGUUGACAGAAAUGAGGAAUACCUGAGCCCUAGUUCUUUCUUCUUUCCCUGUCGUGCGUUGCCAUAUAUGACUCGUUACUGUUGUCCUCAUAAACAUAAUGUUGCAGAAGAACUGCCAUUUUCAGGGACACACUUUCCCUAGAUGCUAAUGAUGAGUUUAUUGAGUGCCGAAGUCAUCAAUGGGAGAACUGCCAGACUGAGGUUUCUUUCUUUGCAAAAUAAUGAAAUCUUUUUCCUGGGUCGUCUUUAAUCUUGUGUGUGCUAUUUAUUGUGUGGGUUACUUUAUAAGAAAAUCUGGGCUCUCCAAGCAUGGUGAUGUGCAAAACUUUUAUGCGGUCUCAAACAUUUUUGGCCUUGAGGGAAGACCAGGGUGCAGAAAUUACCUCAGCAGUUUUUGCCAAAUUUACAUUGCUGCCCAUAACUUUCCAGGAAACACUGUGGACUCUCUGGUCCGCAGGUUAAGAUGGAUGCUUAGUGACACAGAGGUCACUCCGAAGAGGGGGCAGCUGUGACCACCUCAGUUAUGUCUGGGAGCAUGAAUUUUUUUUUUCUUGUUUGCAAGGGAUGCCAAUACAUGUGAAGGGAAUCUCUUGCCCAGGUCUUGCAGAGGGCCACGUGCCCUAAUGCCUACAAUUUCACGGGUGAUGGUCACUGGUUUGAAGGCCAGAAGAGUAAUAGGAAACCCUUUCACUCUAGAAACACUGACCUAAUUGUUGUUGUGUUGGAAGACAAUACCAGCAUGUCAGCAGGGCUGAAUCAUCUGGAAAUAGCUGAGGGCAUUUUCCCAAACCUGAAAAGGAUGCAUAAAAUGAUUGCUUGCUGCCAAACAGCUGAGGCCAUUUCAUUCUUCAUGUUAUUGCCUCCUGUUGGCCAAACACCUGAACAGCUGAAGGCAAUUCCUCCAAUCUGACAAUGGAUUCUGUAUACCAAACCCUGGCCUUUGAUGUAUAUCUUUACUUUGCCUAAGGACAAUUUGUGUUAAUAAAAAGCAAGGGGUCCUGA